UUCUUUCUUCCCCCCACAUAUUUUUUUACAAUUUCUUUUCUUUUCGUUUUCUUUUUUCUUUUUCUCUCAAUGGCCGGCUGCUGUUGUUCGUUCGCCAAAUUGCUCUAUAUAUUCCACACAAAACACAAGCCUCUUCCCUUCCCUCUUCCCUUCCCUUCCCUAUCCCCUUCCUAGUUCCUACUCUACUCUCAGUCUUCGCCACCAUUCUGCUCCUUCUAGCUUUCAGUGCCGAGGAAUCAAAGCACUGGCCUUUCAGUUCCUCUUCGGUUCUGCUUCCUUCACCGGAUCUGUUCUCUGGAUCCAAAUUUAAUCUCACUUUCUCGCCUAUUUUCCGGGAAAACUUCCGGUUUUCUCGUCUGGGCUAGGGGGCGUUCUUAACUCGCCGUCUUCUACUGGAAAUUAACCCGUCGUUUCUUUUGGGUCAUCUUGAUGAUCAAUAUCUUGUUCUUGAUGUUUGAGAUUCAUGUCUCCAAUUCUGAGUGAACUAUUUCUUUCUGGGUUUAUGAUAAAUUCCACAUACAGGCGCAGGACCCAUCUUGUUCAAUCCUUCUCGGUCGUCUUCCUCUACUGGUUCUAUUACAUCUCAUAACGAUCUUGCUCCCACCCUCUAAAUAAUAUUUAGCAUUAUAUAUCGAUAUAUUAAUUACUAUCUCUCUAGCUACAUACAUAUUGAUCUGAAAUAUUAGCUAUAUAUAUAUAUAUAUCUCUGUCUGGGUCCUGCUUACUGCUUGAAUAAUUGUGUAUUAAUUUCUGAGGUUUUAAAUCUUGAGUAAUGGCGUCCCCAAAUAGCGGAACAUCGUCGGGCUCGACGUCGCUGGUUCAGAACUCCGGCUCCGAAGAAGAUCUCCGGCAACUGAUGGACCAGAGGAAGAGGAAAAGGAAGAUAUCGAACCGGGAGUCGGCGCGGCGGUCCCGGAUGCGGAAGCAGCAGCAUCUCGACGAACUGACGGCGAGAGUGGCGGAGCUGCGGAAGGAGAACGGCCAGAUCAUCGCCGGAAUCAGCGCCACCACGCAGCAGUACCUCGCCGUGGAGGGCGAGAACUCCAUCCUCCGGGCUCAGGAGGCGGAGCUCAGCCACAGGCUGCAGUCCCUGAACGAGAUCAUCGCCUUCCUCGACGCCGGGAACAAUGGCGGCCUCGGCGCCGGAGAGGGCUACUUUUCCGGCGAGCCCGUUGAUGGGUUUGGGUUGCCUAGCAACCCGUGGAAUUAUCUCUAUCAGAACCAACCCAUCAUGGCGGCCGCUGAUUUCCUGCAGUACUGAUAACAUGAUCUGCAACUGCAAGCCACCAUUAAAUUUUCGCCAGAGAAGAUAGAGGGAGAGAUUUCUUGUUUUUUUUUUUUUUUUUUUGGGGGGGGGGGGUAGUUGCUUUGUGGGGUCCUAGGAUGACGAGGACCAUGAUGUUAGAAAUGGUGAUUGGAUGUGGGAGAAGGAAGAGGAAGGGAUGCUGUACUGUGGGCAAGGGGUUCUUUGUAAAUGGCGGCUGGCGCUGCUGCUGGUCUGGUAGUGUGGGUUUUCAUCAACAACUUCGAUGUAAUUUGUCUCCCUUCUGGUUAUGUAAUGGUAACUUCAGUAUUGUUUGGCA